CUCUCCUCCCCCCCCCCAUACACACACACACACCCCCGCUGUCCGCUCGACCAGUCGCGAACGCCAUGCCCCCUAAGCCCAGCCUUCAGAAGGGGAAGCCCGCUGCGGCGGGGCAGGUUUUCCGCCCCUCCCCUCUGUCAGGAAUCCUGAACAAGCGGACCCGGCCGGCCGGGGGCGCGGCGCCCCCUGCUCAGGCCCCUCCGAAAAGGCAGAAGGCCCACGCCAGCGCCGGGAAGGGCGGCCGUGCGCCCCCUCCCACUGUUGCGUCCAGCGAUAGCGAUGACAGCGACUUCGAUGAGGAUGAUAUGCCCCUGGAUCCGGAGGACCAGUCAACCGAUGUCGAUGUGCUUGACUUCUCCACCACGUCCAGCACCGAGGAGGACGACGACGCGAUCCGCUCUGCCCUUUUGAAGUUCAUGGCGAAGGCCGGCAUGAAGCCCGACACGGGCGCCCUCUCUCCGCAGGAAGAUGACGACGAUGAUGGUGCCUCCAGCGGGGAUGGCCUUGGUGAUGACGAUGACGAGGCUGCCUCCCCCGCCGGCACUGACGAUGAUGACGAUGAUGAUGAUGCGGAGGAGGAGGAGCAGAGCGACGAUGACGACGACGACGAUACCGGCGCUCGCCUUCUCAAUGACCCGGCCCUGAAGGGAAUGGGCGACCUGUCGGAGCUACUGACCGGCAACUAUGCGUCGGACUCGGAUGACGACGGGUCCGACGCCGAAGGCGCCGAGGAGGUGGCCCCGCCCAUUGUCGACUCGGAUGACGACGACUCGGACGAUGGCAGCGACAUCGACUACAGCGCAUACAUGCUGUCGGACGAGGAGGACUCCGAUGCCGAGGACGAGGCACGCGCGAAGAAGCCCGCCAAGAAGCCCGCCAAAAAGCCGACCGUCGACUCGGACUCCGACUCGGACUCCGACUCCGACAUGGACAUGGACAUGGACUCCGAUGAUGAGGACGGGGAGGACGAUGAGGACAGCGCCGAGGACGAGGAGCUCACCCUGGAGGAUGUUCUGGCCGGCAAGACCGCUGGCCGUGGGGCCCAGCCCCCGAAGAAGGCCAAGCGCCAGACGCAGGUGGUCCUGACGCAUGCCAUCCUCCUGGAGUGGGAGGCGGUCCUGUCGCGGCCGGGCGAGGGGGUCGGUCUGGCCAGCAACUUCCGCAAGCUGCUGCAGGCCUUCAAGUCGGUGUGCAACCGUGCUGACGCCCUGGAGGCGGACCUGUCCUCCGGCGACGGCAAGAAGAAGCCCAAGCCCAACGAGCCGUAUGUCAUCAACAGCUCGGCCGUCUUCAACAAGGUCAUCAUCAUGACCCUCAAGUACUCGGCCCCGGCGCUGGACCAGCUGCUGGGCCUGGCCCCCGGCCCGGCGCCGGCGCCGGCCGCCAACGAGAUGGACGAGCUGGCCGGCGCGCCGCCGGCGCCUACGGCCGACAAGGCCGUCCCUCCGCGGGCCCCGCACACCAGCCCCCGGUGGGGCACGCAUCGUCUGCUUGUCAAGGCCCUGGUCACCAACAUGGCCAAGCUGCUGAGCCAGAUUUCCGACGUGCGCCUCCGGUCGUACAUCCUGUCGGCGGCCCGGUCCUUGGUGCCCUUCAUGGCCACCUUCGGGGCGGUCAUCCGCCGGCUGGUGCGCCUGCUGCUGGACCUGUGGGGCGGCUCCGAGGAGACGGUCCGCAUCUCGGCCUUCCUGCUGCUGAUGCGGCUCACCCGCGAGGACAUGCCGGAGGCCGUGGGGCUGUCCGUUCGCCGAGGCCUGUACAUGACCUUCGUCAAGAAUGCGCGCUUCGUCACGGUGCGCAAUCUGUCGCAUCACAACUUCCUGAUCAACUGCCUGGUCGAGGCGUACGGGGCCGACCCGAUCGCCGCCUACCCGCAGAUGUUCAUCUACAUCCGGCAGAUGGCCAUCCACCUGCGCAGUGCCCUGAAUGCCCUGUCCACCGGUGGUGGCGCCGGCGCCAAGGGCAGCGGCAAGAAGAAUGCCCCGGCCCAUCGGUCCCUUUACAACUGGCAGUUCCUGUCCUGCCUGCAAGCGUGGGCUCGCAUCCUCGGGGCCAUUUGCCAUCAUGAGCGUCCGCUUGCCGGCCAGGAGGGCCUCAAGGUCCUCCGGCCGUUGAUCUUCCCCCUGGUGCAGGUGUGCAUGGGCGCCAUUCGCCUGCGCAUGGCGGCCCGGUAUCACCCCCUGCGACUGCACAUUGUCCGCCUGCUGGUGGAGCUGUCCCAGGACACUCGGGUCUUUGUGCCGGCCCAUGCGGCCCUGCUGGACAUCAUCUCCCGGCUGAAGCCGACCAGUGCCUCGGGCGCGUCGCAGUCCAACCAGACCGCCCGCAAGCUGGACCUGGUGGCCGCCGUGCGUGUGCCCCGGUCCAUGUCCACCAGCCCGGCCUUCCUGGACAAGGUGCUGGAGACCAGUGCCGACCUCCUGCUCGAUUGGUUUGGCGGCCUCAUGUGGAACCAUGUUUCCUUCCCGGAGCUGGCCACCCUGGUGACUGUGCAUUUGCGCAAGUUUGUCAAGCUCAAUGGCGGGCACUUCCGGUCGGCGCGCAUGAUCCGUGAUCUCAUCGCCCAGCUCGAGACCCACUCGACCAUUGUCGACAAGUACCGCCAGGAGCACGCCCUGACCCCGGUGGCGGCACUUCACCACCUGGAGCCCGAGCAGGCCGCCGAGAAGCCCGUCAAUGCCCUGUGGCUGGAUCUGCCGGUCGACACCGACCUGCACCACUUCUACCUCAACGCCACGCACAUUCGCAUCAGCCGCCUGGCCGUGCUUGGCAUUGUGCCCCAGUCGUCGGUGCCCCCGGCGCCGACCACCUCCGAGAGUGACAUCGCCGAGAUCGACUCCAUGCCCGGCCUCGGGGCCGCUGCCGCCGGGGAGGGCGUCACCGAGCACAAGAAGAAGACCAAGAAGGCCGCCAAGAAGGCCGCCAAGAAGAAGCUGGCCCUCUCGGUGCAGGACGCCUCGGCCCUGGAUGACAGCCAGUUCGAUGAUGAGGUUUACGAUAUCAGCAAGUGGAGCAGUGACGAGGACAACUGA